AUGCCGUGUGCCUCGGUCACCGACCGUUUGAUGCUGCUGCUCAGUGCGUUCAACCUGCUGCCUCAGGCGAUUCCCAUGCUGUGGGGACAAGACGCCGUUCUGGCCAUGCUCUCCAGCGAUGAGAAGGCGAAGUUGGAGUCGUCGGGGUUCGCCACAUGGUGCAUUAUGCCGCAUUUAGGCUGCUUGCUCCUGGUCCUCGCCCUGCUCUGCGUGCUGGCGACCCAGCUGGACCGCAAGCCGCGCUGUGCCAUGCACGCUGUGCUUUUGGUCUACAACGGCUCCUCGAUCUACUACCACUACAGGAUGAUGCUAGUACAAGGCCAGAAGCCACUUCCGCCCCCAUGGUUCCACGAGCCGGAGACCUUCUGGUUCAACAUCUACGCGCUUCUCUUCAGCACUGCAGUCAACGGAAUUGGCACGAUGGCUGCGCUCCUCGGAACGGAUCCGGCUUCAAAAGAUGGAGUCAAGAAAGACUGA